AUGCGUAUAGAGGCUAUAUAUGAGAACGCCAUUCUCAAAUGUUUUGGUGGAGAGCUGCAUAAGACAGAUGAAGCUUAUGCAGGGACAGAUCUCAGGCCUACUACAAAGAAAAGAAGAGUAAGCACGAAUACUGAGUGUGAAAAGUUGAGAAUCGUAGACCGAUCUAUAAAACUUGUUGAUGAAUAUGGAGGAACCAAUAAUAUUGAAGUGACAAAUAAGCCUGUCAAGCUCUCGCUCGGGAAGAACGGAAGGCUAAGUGUGAAGUACUUUCAAAAGACUUGGCAAACCUUGGUUGAGAUAGCUGAUGUGUCAGAUUCACAAAUGCCACGAGAUGAAAUACGACUAUUGGCUUUAACAAAUAACAAGUAUGGAAUUACCGCUGAUUCUCGUUUAAACUUGAAAUUAGGGAACAAAUUGAUACAUUUGAAAGUGACGUACUCUCUAGAUUACAGCUUGAACUUGGAAAAUACUAUCCUGAGGAAGAUACUGGCUCCAUUGAUAAACAUUUUGGAAAGCAGGGAAAACUCAAUUAGUGCUAAAGAAUCACUAAAGGUAAGUCCCCAGCUCUUCUACAAAAGCAUAUGUGAACACACGGGGCAAUUGCCAGCAUUUGAGGGAGAUUUUGAUAUACCUGAACUCGAAACCAAUUUGUUGAAAUUUCAGAAGAAGACAGUGAAUUGGAUGCUAGAUAAGGAAAACGCGAAAUACAACUUUGAAACAAACAGGUGUGAUCAAGUCCUUUACUUUUGCGAAGGUGACUUGAUCGAUGAAGACAAAAUGUUGGACGUCAUCAACAAGAUAUGGUACGGUUGGGAAAUAACAGAGAUAUCCAAGAAAAAAGUAUUUUUCAACAAAUACACCAGUCAUCUUGUAACUAAGGAUCAGGUCAGAGACUAUCUUCUCGACUAUUUACAUCAAAAGGAUAAGAAUCUAUAUCCCGCGACCCUUCCUGCCAGGUGUUUGUUGAGUGAAGAAAUGGGUCUUGGUAAAACAGUUGAAACGACGGCGCUAAUUUUGCUAAACCAGCGUCCUGUAGAUGAUGUGGAUAAGAAACUAAGCCUACCGUUGAAUGAGUUUGGGGACGCCAAGACUAUCAUAAAGGGUCGUACAACUUUAAUUAUUGCUCCCUCAGCUAUACUUCAGCAGUGGAAAAAGGAAAUUAUUAAUUUGGCACCAUCCUUAGCCCUAACCGAAUACAAAGGAGUUUCAAACUAUCCGAUGUUUGACAAUAAACCAGCAGUAAUUGCGGAGUACCUACGCAAAUUUGAUGUAGUUAUUACAACGUACCAAAUAAUAUCCAAAGAGUUAGACUAUGCUAAGUAUUCGAGCAAGUUGAGAAAAACAAGGGGUGCAAAGCGAGACACGCCUUACCAAGAUACAAAAGAUAAUACAGACUCCAGCCUGGUGGAAGUCGAGGAUACUUUAGCUAAUGACUACCUGACUCUCUUUCAAUUGACAAGUUUAAGGAAGCCCCAGCAUGCAAACAAAAAGACAAACUCACUGCAGCUGGAAACUGAUUAUGAACAGGCAUUGCAGGAUGAAAUACAGUUGGCAUUGAGACAUAGCAAGAUACCAGAUUGGUACCGCAGAAAUGAGUACGAGUCUCCGCUAAUGCUCAUUCAAUUUUGGAGGAUCAUCUUAGAUGAGGUGCAGAUGGUGUCCCUGACCAUAUCCAAAGCCUUUCAAAGCGCAGCAUUAAUCCCCAGAUUUCAUGCUUGGGGAGUGUCUGGUACGCCUAUAAAGCGAGAUUUGAACGACUUGUUUUCGUACUUGAAAUUUUUAAGAUUCUAUCCGUUCAACUAUGACAUCGGCGUCUUGUCGUGGGAUCUUCUACUUAAUAAUGCAUCCGAGUUCAAAUCCUUUUGGUCAAAUAUAGCAAUCAGGCACACAAAAGCCAUGGUGCAUGAUGAUAUUAAAUUGCCUCCGCAGAAUCGAGUUUUGUUGACUAUUCCGUUUACUCCUGUUGAACAGGACUUGUAUGAUGAAAAAUUUUCCGAAUGCUUAUCCCACAUAGGGCUAGAUGAGAUGGGUAAUCCAUUAUCCAACGAUUGGGACCCCCUUGCACCUGCUGUACUAACCUUGAUGCGGACUUGGCUAUCAAGGUUGAGACAAAUUUGCUGCUCUCCGCAGGUUGGCAACUUGCAGCUUAAUUCGAGAAGGAUGAAACGCGCUAACUUGAAGAAUAGAAUAGCUUUGAUUGACUCAUUAAAAACUUUGGACUACUUGUUGAAAGAUAUGUUGACGCGUCUGUACGGUGAGUUAAGUGAUUUUGAAAGGCGAAAAAUUGAAGUUUUGUCCCAACUCUCGGACUUGCUAGAAUUUGUUUACUACCCCGAACAAGCUGUAAAGUAUUUGAAAGUUGGGAUAAUUGAAACGGUCAGUGUCAUUAAUCGAAUUGAGAAAAUACUUGACAAAUACAUUCAGGAUUACAAGAGCAAUUCUGACACUGAAGUCGAUGAUGAUGAUGAUAUAGGCAGAAUUCAAACAGACAAACAGAAUGAAGGUAACACCAAUGAAACAUUGAUAUCAUCUACAAGGACCAGACUUCGUAAUUGGCUUUUAACGUUGCAUCGUUUUUACUUUUUAUAUGCUUCUGCUAAUUUCCAGUUAUACGAUCCAGAGUUUCAAGAACAUGUCAAGGAAUUUAAACCCGAAGUUGAUUUGAACCCAUUGAAGGAUGUGAUCAAACAAUUUGAUGAUCAAGGUCGAUCAAUCGAGCUAGCUUCUUUAGCAACUUCGAUUCCUGUUUCAGAGUUUGAGUUUCACAACGCUUUUAUCGAUCUAGGUACUGCUCAGGAGAAUGAGGCCAAGUACUAUGAGCUCGCUGAGGGUGUCAGGGUAAAAAUUUUAGGCAGUGCGGUAAAGCAGUUUUACAAGACACUCGCAUCUCGAAUAUCUGACAGAGGCUACUUAUUUCCACUUGAAGAGGAUUUUGUUGACGAUGCUAAGAAUUUACUUCCGAAAUCAUCCAAAAAGCUUUUCAACAAGCUUCCAAUCAUGAAGAUGGAUGAUUUGACCCCAUUUGCAAUCACCACAAAGGUUCAGUCUUUUUUGAGCCGGGUUGGUGCAUUUGUAAGUGUGCUCAACAAAAUUUCGGUCGAGUUCAAUACAAAGUUUUCGACCUUGGUUGAAUUGUUAUCGGAUCCCGUUGACAGAAAGGAUAUUGAUAUUGUUGAUCAGGGGAAAAAGGAUGCGGACGAUGUAGGAGAUGCCGUAGACAACGACUAUGAAAAGCAUUUGGAGAUGCAAGGUAUAGCUGAGGACCUUUUAACAUCUUUGGACUCCCUUCUUAUGAAAAGAAAAGGGCUAAUUACUGGUCUGCUCGAAGAGAGAUUUAACCCAACACAGCCCAAUAAUAUACACGCAAAUGACAAGAUAGACUUUUCAAAACUAGUUUCGGAGUUGACACUAUUGGAGGAUGAGUUAGAGGAGUCCUCUUCCAAGGCAGUUGGGUUAGACCUAGAUCUAUUCAAAGUCUUUGGUAAAAAAUUCCGUAUUCUUUAUGAUAAUCAAAAGUUAGCACAAACGUUGAUUGCGAGAGAGUUGAAUGUGAACUGUAAUGCUGUUUUUAAUGCGAGGGUUGAGUAUUUCAAGCAGCUCCAACAGAUAUCGGAUACUGUGAAAUUAAGAGAAUAUCCGUAUUUGGACAGGAAAGAUCUUGAUCCUUUUCGUAUUAGAUCGUCAAUCUUGGGGGCAUUGGUCAUAUUGAAGGAUGUGACGAGGUAUAUGGACAGUGCAGUUGGCCGCUUUCGAUACUUGUCAGAGUUGGUAAAAGAAUCGCAGCAGAGUGUUAAUGAGAAUCGUGAAGAUGUAAUGACAUGUAUCAUCUGCCAGUCUAGUAUCAGCAUUGGGUCGUUGACCCUGUGUGGACACAAGUAUUGUAAGGACUGUUUAGAACACUGGAUGAAGAGCUCGCACACCUGUCCAAUGUGUAAGGCGAGGAUUGAUAUCAUGUCUGUUUACAACUUCACGAGGUAUGCUCCAGAGUUGAAAGCUAAGGAAGUUCAGAAUCUGGAGAUAAAGCCUAAAAGGGGUGCUGCAAUCAAUUCGAUUUACAAACCUUUAAAUCAGGAUUUGGUUCAAGAAGUGCAAGAGAUAAAACUUGACGCGUCAUAUAGCACCAAAGUAGACAUGAUUGUGAAGCAGGCCAGUUAUUUGAAAAAGUGCGAUCCAAAUGUUCAAAUUGUUAUAUUUAGUCAGUGGCAGGAUAUGUUGUACAUAUUGAGUAACGCUUUAAAGUCAGCAGGAAUAACAUUUGUUGGAACCGAUAGUGUUUUCCUUCCCGAUCAAAGCCACGUUUCAUCAAAGAAACCGAAAAAGGAAGCGGCAGUGGAAUACUUCAAACAAGCUGAAAACAAAGUUACAUGUUUUCUUUUGAACGCCAAGUCUCAGGCCAGUGGGUUGACGUUAGUGAAUGCCACGCAUAUAUUCUUGUGCGAGCCGUUGGUAAAUACAUCAUUGGAGUUACAAGCGAUCUCGCGCAUCCACAGGAUAGGCCAGACAAAACCAACCACGGUAUGGAUGUUUGCCAUCGAAAACACAGUCGAGGAAAGUAUUAUCAUCACGUCUACCAACAAAAGAAUUAAAUUGAUCCAAAUGAGUGCUCCUGACAAAGAAGAAUCGGAGCCCAGCGAGAUUAAGUUGAGUGAAGCCGAUUCGUUGACAAUGAUGUCUAGUGUCGGUGCCGAUGAACUUUUAGAGAAACAUGCACAAGGAGAAAAUGUGACUAAUAGUGAUUUGUGGCAUUCCUUUUUCAGUGCCAAACAAUCGCAACAGAAUUUAGGUUUCUAG